GAACGACCCUAUUUAACCCCUGGGAGCCGCCAUAUUGGAUUCGUCAAAGCGUAGUGCACUCGUGCUCCGGUGUUUUGCGGACAAUUUCGUAGAUAAUUCUCUCACUUUACAACUAAAAUGCCUCGCCGUGGUGGUGGUUUCAGGGCCCGUACUAGCUCACCCCCUGCUCCAGCCAGAGCGCCACCAAGGAGCAAUGUACCAGCCCCAGCUCCCCCCUCCCAGCCCAUGAUGCAGCAGCCCGUGUCCCAGGGCCCAGGCCUGAUGGGGCAGAUGGCAGCUACUGCUGGAGGUGUAGCUAUUGGGCAUGUGGUUGGCCAUGCUGUGACUGGAGCCUUCAGCGGUGGUGGCUCCUCCCAGUCCCAGCCUGAUGUCACCUAUCAGGAACAGCCUGCACAACAGCAACAACAACAGCCCAACCAACAACAACAGCAGCCCUGUGGAUGGGAGAUCCAACAGUUCCUGCAGUGUGCUCAGUCCCAGAGUGACAUCUCGCUCUGUGAGGGUUUCAAUGAGGCCAUCCGGCAGUGUAAGGUGGCAAAUGGUUUACAGUGACGAAACAUGCUGAGGACUUUAAUAUGCUGCUGUUGGGUGGUGAUUUCCGCUACAAAACUUUCUUCAUCAUCCAGAUAUGUUAAGCAACAUAGACCUCAGAAUGCUACUGUUUUAUUCAAGUGAAAUUGCCAUGGAUUGGAAGUAAAAAUUAUGUAAAAUGAGGAAAGAAGGAUGGGUAUGAGUGUAUAGAGUUGUAGCAACAGCAAUACUAGAAAGUAGUCGACCAUGUUUGUAUUUUUAGUUUAACAAACUAAUAAACUUAUGAAAAACACAAGAUGAUGGAAAGACCGAGUUUCAAUUUCCAUAUUAUAUGCAUUGAAGACAUCUUUUUCAGCAUCAGAAUGAUACAGUCAGAUCUUGCCCACAAACUUAUCCACCCUUUUAACACAAUUGCUUCUACUGGAAUGUUGCUUGUACAGAUAACAUUAUACAGAGAAUUCUGUCGAGAAUUUUGAAACCUGUAUAGUAUUCAUGACAGAACAGAAGUAUCAUUGGUUGUUUUUGCUUCAGCUGUUUAGAUUGAAACAAUGUGUGAACAGUGAACAUGAACUAGUGAUAAAGGCUGUUGCUGUUGUUUAAUAAAUGAAUCAAAUACACCAUAUAUCAUGCUGGUCAUUGCUGUUCCAUUUUUUCUGUAAAAGACUUGUUAUGUCUAGUCUCUGGUUUGUAACUGUGAAAUACUUUGACUCAGAUAGGAAGUAAUGUUUUGUUUACUUGAAGUAAACCUACACUGUACCAAAUAAAAGAUAACCCAAG